AUGAAGUUUACAUCUUUAGGGGUGUCCCUCAUUUCACUCUUGGCUGUGCCGUCGCUAGCUGCGCCUUCAGACUUGGAGACGAAGGCCAGCAACCGAUUGGAAAAACGGCGGAGUAACCGUGGAGUCGAUGCUGAAGAGCCCUCAAUCUUCAAUGGACUUGAUGUGCCACCAUUGCUUCAGUUGACGCCGGAGAACUUCGAAGAGAAUACCAAAGACGGGACGUGGCUCGUGAAGCAUUAUUCGCCCUCAUGUGCUCACUGCAGAAAGGCUGCGCCCGCUUAUCAAACCACUUACGAGUUCUAUUAUACUUCAAAUCCUAUCUCACCAUCAUCCCUCAAAUCGCCUGACCCGAAAUCAUUGAACGGCUUCACGAGUUACUACAACUUUCACUUUGCCUCUAUGAACUGUCUGGCCCAUGGCGACUUCUGCAACAAGCUUGGUAUCAGUGCUUGGCCCACUUUCGCAUUCUACGAGGCUGGAGUCCAGAAGGACACACAUGUCGGAGCCAAGUCGAUUGCUGACUUGAGCAAAUUGAUUGAGGAGAAGCUUGAGGCCACCAAGCCCGGCUCUCGCCCUCCACAAGGUAUAAAACUGCCCGAGGUUGGCGCGUCCAGUGUGGACUCGUCCGCUGAACCGGAUUCUCCCGUCGCCAAGGAUAAAGACCCCAAGGCUGGCGCUCUUGCUGGUGAAAAACACAACGAUCAAGCGGCACAGAAGACCAAGGAAGUGGCCAAACCUGAGGAAAGCAGCAAACCAGACAGUGCUACCACUGUGAAAACAAAGCCGACUGGGCCUGCCCCCAAUCCUCAGGGCCUGUCUGUUCCAUUGACUGCGGAGAGCUUUCAGAAGCUGGUGACCACUACACGUGACCCAUGGUUCAUCAAGUUCUACGCUCCUUGGUGUGGUCACUGCCAGGCAAUGGCCCCCAGUUGGAGACAGAUGGCAAAAGAAAUGAAGGACACCUUGAACGUUGGUGAAGUCAACUGUGAAGUCGAGACUCGACUUUGCGCAGACGCUCGCGUUAAUGCAUUCCCCACGCUGUAUUUCUUCCGUGGGGGCCAGCGAGUCGAAUACACUGGCUUGCGUGGACUAGGCGAUCUUCUCUCUUAUGCGAAAAAGGCCGUCGGCCCAGGCUCUGAAAUUCAAGAUGUUGACGCAGCUACAUUCAAGGAGCUUGAGGAGACUGAAGAAGUCCUUUUCUUGUACUUCUACGAUGAGGCCACAACCUCUGAAGAUUUCCGGGCCAUGGAUCGCCUGACUCUCAGCCUCGUUGGCCAUGCUCGCAUCGUCAAAACCAGCAGCGGUGCGCUUGCUGAGCGGUUUAAGAUCUCCACUUGGCCCCGUCUCUUGGUGGUCCGCGACGGCCGGCCAAACUACUACAACGCCCUGGCCCCUAAGGACAUGCGCGAUUUCCGCCAAAUUCUGUCUUGGAUGCAAAGUGUCUGGCUGCCCAUUGUUCCCGAAUUGACAGCUGCUAAUGCGCGUGAGAUUAUGGAUGGCAAAUUUGUCGUUCUCGGGAUCCUUAGCCGCCGUCGUAACGAUGAUUUCAAGCAAUCAAGGCGCGAACUGAAGGAAGCAGCCUUUGAAUGGAUGGAUAAGCAAAUCCAACUGUUCCGGCUCGAACGCUCGGAGCUCCGGGAUGCCAAGCAGCUGCGCAUCGAGGAGGCCGACGACCGCAAUGAUCAGCGUGCUCUGCGGGCGGCGAAAAACAUGCGCAUCACUAUUCGCGAGGAUGACAAGAAACCCGUGGCGUUUGCAUGGGUGGAUGGAGAUUUCUGGGAGCGUUGGCUCCGAACUACUUAUGGUAUUGACGUCGAACAUGGCGAUCGUGUGAUCAUCAAUGAUGAGGAUAACCGUCGUUACUGGGACACCGCCUCUAGUGGAGCCCCAAUCAUGGCCUCUCGUACUUCCAUUCUGGAGACCAUCCCGCUCGUGAUCGCGUCUCCCCCCAAGCUGUCCUCCAAGUCUACCACCGGCACUAUCGAGACAUUCUUCUUCUUCACUCGCACUUUCAUCAGCAGCCAUCCCAUUCUUUUCUUCCUGCUCCUGGGCAUCACUGUGGCUGCUGUGACUGUCAUUGGACGGGGACGUUUGCUUCGCCGCGUCGCUCGCGGCGGCAUCAUUGGCAACAGUGCCGGCAGUGGAGGGUUCUUCCACUUGGAUGGCAAGGAGGGAUUUCUGAACGGAGGCUCGACCGGAAAGGUCGAUUAA